AUGGACAGCUUCAGAUUCGGGACCGUUGAUUAUACCGUGUUCUUGGGUAUGACCAUAAUAUCCAUUGCGAUAGGUCUGUAUUUCGGGUUUAUAAAAAAAACCAAAACGGAAUCACAACCCACGGAACCCAAUAGAUCUCAUCAGAUCUUCGGAUCGGAAAAGAUGAACGAGUACCUGAUGGGAUCGCGCAAUCUGAAAGUUUUCCCCGUGGGAAUGAGUUUGAUAGCCAGCUCCAUAUCUGCCGUUGCAAUAAUAGGCACUCCUUCAGAGAUUUACUAUUAUGGCUCUCAAUAUUGUCUAACUGUCGUAGCCAUUAUUCUCCAAGGGCUAAUCGUUUCCUAUAUCUAUUUGCCUGUGUUUUCGGCUCUACAAGUUAGCUCGUCCUAUGAGUACUUGGGGAUGCGCUUCCACUCGGUAAUAAGAAGUAUAGUUUCCUUCAUUUUUUUACUGGAUGUGAUUCUUUACUUACCCCUUCUUGCUUAUCUUCCCGCCUUAGCUUUGAAUCAGGUUUCCGGACUUAAUAUUCAUUUAAUAGCAGCUUUCACUAUAGUGGUGUGCGUUAUUUAUACUUUAUUGGGCGGUUUUAAGGCGGUGGUUCAUACAGAUAUCUGGCAAGUUGUCAUUAUGUUUGUUUCCGUUCUGGUUGUUACUAUUUUGGCAACCUGUUACAUUGACGACCAGGAUGACUUUUUUGAGGGAUUGAAGCAGGGAGGACGUCUUAUAUUCCUGAACAUUGAUCCUUCCCCAUACGCUCGUCAAACCGUUUGGAGCGUUAUAAUCGGUGGCACUUUCUACAUUACCUCAAUUAGUGCGGUGAACCAGACAGUGGUACAUCGUUAUAUGUCUUUGCCAUCCUUGAAAAUGGCUAGAGCUUCCAUCGCCUUCAUGGUGAUUGGAGGUGCCUUCUUUACUUCCGUCGUUUGUUUUUUGGGACUGCUUAUCUUUGAUGCCUAUAAAGAUUGCGAUCCAUUGAGAGCUGGUCUAAUUAUGAACGACGAUCAACUGGUUCCCUUUUUUGUGGUAAACAGUUUGGGUCAUAUCUAUGGAAUGCCCGGGUUGUUUAUUGCUGGUGUUUUUGGAGCUAGCUUGAGUUCCCUCUCCGUCUACUUGAACUCCACUUCGCUGGUGAUCCUUCAUGAUAUAAUUCGUGGUUGUUUCAAAAUGCAGCCAGGCGAAAGGGCGUCCAAUAUUGUGGUAAAGUCUAGCAUUGUUCUUUUGGGGAUUAUAGCAUUUGCUAUGGUAUUUCUUCUGGAGAAGGCGAGUGGCAUUCUCAGCAUCUCCGUCUCCUUGGCGGCCAUUGCAGCUAGCUCCACUUUCGGAAUCUUCACUCUGGGAAUGCUGGUUCCCUGGGCAAAUACAAUGGGCACCGCAGUGGGUGGAAUCACAUGUGUUCUGCUGACAGGAUGGAUUUCCCUUGGAUCACAAUUUGCCGCGGCAUCGGGUCUACUGAAUUCCCAAAAACUUCCGGUGUCCGUCGAAGGUUGUGUGGGUAAUUUGACGUCCUCUGAAAAUGUGUGGUCGGACGAGGAGGAAGUAUUUCCACUGUACCGUCUUUCAUUCCACUGGAUAAGUCCCAUUGGCGUGCUAGCCGUUGUCGUUGUGGGUUCUCUGGUCUCUCUGGUGACGAAACCCACAGAUAUUAAGACAUUGGAUUCGAAGUUGUUAUCUCCAGUAAUUCACAGGUAA